AUGGAUGGUAGGGCGUGGGGUGUCUGCAUCCUCUGCUUACUGAGCCCGUUACCCAUGGUGCUGGGCCACGUGCAACCAGAGUGUGACUUCCUCACCCAGCUGAGAGAGGAGGAGGAUGCCUGUCUUGGGGCGGCCGAGGAGAUGCCCAACACCACCCUGGGCUGCCCUUGGACCUGGGAUGGGCUGCUCUGCUGGCCUAUGGCAGACUCUGGCGAGUGGGUGACUCUCCCCUGCCCAGAGUUCUUCUCUCACUUCAGCCCAGAGCCAGGGUCCGUGAAGCGGGAUUGUACCAUCACGGGCUGGUCAGAGCCCUUCCCACCUUACCCUGUGGCCUGCCCUGUGCCCCUGGAGCUGCUGACUGAGGAGAAAUCUUACUUCUCCACCGUGAAGAUCAUCUACACCCUGGGCCACAGCAUCUCCAGCGUGGCCCUCUUUGUGGCCAUCGCCAUCCUGGUGGCUCUCAGGAGGCUCCACUGUCCCCGGAACUACAUCCACACCCAGCUGUUCGCCACUUUUAUCCUCAAGGCGGGAGCUGUGUUCCUGAAGGAUGCCGCCCUCUUUCACGGCGAGAACACUGACCACUGCAGCUUCUCCACUGUUCUGUGCAAGGUCUCUGUGGCCACCUCCCAUUUCGCCACCAUGACCAACUUCAGCUGGCUGUUGGCAGAAGCUGUCUACCUGACCUGGCUCUUGGCCUCCACAUCCCCCAGCACAAAGCGAGCCUUCUGGGGGCUGGUUCUUGCCGGCUGGGGGCUUCCCCUGCUCUUCACUGGCACGUGGGUGGGUUGCAAGUUGGCCUUCGAGGAUGUUGCGUGCUGGGACCUGGACAACAGCUCCCCCUACUGGUGGAUCAUCAAAGGGCCCAUCGUCCUGUCUGUUGGGGUGAACUUUGGGCUGUUUCUCAAUAUCAUCCGCAUCCUGCUGAGGAAACUGGAGCCAGCUCAGGGCAGCCUUCACACCCAGCCUCAGUACUGGCGGCUCUCCAAGUCCACCCUUCUCCUCAUCCCGUUGUUUGGAAUUCACUACAUCAUCUUCAACUUCCUGCCUGAUAGUGCCGGCCUCGGCGUUCGCCUGCCCCUGGAGCUGGGCCUGGGCUCCUUCCAGGGCUUCAUUGUUGCCAUCCUGUACUGCUUCCUCAACCAAGAGGUAAGGGCUGAGAUCUCACGGAGAUGGCACGGCCAUGACCCUGAGCUUCUGCCAGCCCGGAGGACCCACGCCAAGUGGACGAUGCCUUCUCGCUCGGGGGUAAAGGUGCUGACAUCUGUGUGCUAG